AUGGGUAACGGAGCCAAGGCACAACAGAAGCGCGAGCGCAACGCCAAGGACAAGGCCGGCACGGCCAAGUCGCAGCUCAAGGUGAACGCCGCCGCCUGCGACAUUAUCUGCACCGUCUGCCGUUCCACCUUCCUCAAGACCACCAAGCCUCCUCAACUGCUUGAGCACGCGCAGAACAAGCACAACAAGGGCAUCGCCGACUGCUUCCCCUCGGCGAGCGUUUAA